AUGAUGCCUUCCAGCCCUCUGGCGCCUGAAGCGGUGAAACCCCCUUCGGUGCAGCCGGCCGAGACUGCGACCUCCAGCCUGGUACCGGGGCCGGCGGGCACGUGCGUCUCCGCGCCUCCUCCUCGCCACGCCGCCGUUGUCUCCUUUGAGCGCGGGCGCGUUUCGGCGCCCGACUCUGCGGUCGCGUCUUCGCCGCGGUCGCGUGGAGGCAGCCGUCCGGCCGCUUCGCCAGUCGCUUGCGCGUCGGGUCCGUGCCUCGCGUCGGCGUGUCGUCUGACAUGCUCAGCGCGUUCUGCGCCGAACUCGUCGCGCUCUUCAUCGCCCCUCGAAGAGUGUGGCGCGCGGAGCCCGGCCGGCGGCAGCAAAGGCGGCAGCGAGGGAGCGGCAGGCGGCGCCCAGUUGACUCUCUUCUCCUUUGUUCCCUCGGGGACCGCUAUCCACUCUGUGGCGCCCGCCCUCGAAACGCAACCGCCGCCCCCGACUCAGGAGCCCACACGCAACCUCGACGUAGAUCUGCCGUUCUUCGGGGCUGGGUUGUCGGGCCUCCCGCAAGGGCCGCAGGCGACUGUGAGGCCUGGGGGGGGAGCGCCCGCGUCCGCUUCUGAGGCGCCUUCUGCGCCCGCUCGCCCCGACGCGUCGGGGCGAGCGGUCUCGCCGUCCCGAAACGGCCUGCCUCCUCUCGCGCCCAUGCCUCUGCCGAUCUCGCCGCUGCUCCACGCCGCGGUUCGCGCCGCAGACGGGGGCCUGGCGCCCCCGUGCAUCGGCAUGGGAAGUGCGGGCGGCCCGGGGCACCUUGUGGAGAAGUUCGACGGCGACGCGGCAUCUGCGGUGCCUGCCGGUCUCACCGAGUCUUCCUGUUCCCCGCCUCCCGCCGUGGUGCUUCCGCUCAGCUGCGGACUCCCCGCGUCGCCCCCGAGCGGCUGCGGGAGAGGCCUCGCCGUAGUGUCGGGAGCCGCGGCGGAGGUCGCCAGCCCCCUACCGGCAACCCCUGCGGCGCCGCAGACUUUGUCGAGCGCAGCAGCUUGUCCGUGGCUCCCGGCAGGCGCGGCUGGUCCUGCCUCUCCGCAUCUUCCGGUGAUCAACAACAACAAGCAGCACCACGCGAUGGCUGGGGCCGUGCUGGGGGCCGCUGUGCCUCUUGGCGCGUCAUCGUCCUCGGGUGCACCGGGACUUGUGCCGGCGACCGGCGAUGUCGAGAAGUCGCGUACGUCGUUUGUCUGGCGGUAUUUUACGAUUAUGAAGCGCGACGACGCGGAGGAGAAUGCCGUGCUUUGCAAUCUGUGCCGAGUGAAAUUCAAAACGUCCACCUCCACCUCGUCGCUGGCCUACCACCUGCUGCGCAUGCACCAAAUCACGCCGCCCGCCGCGGCUUCAAAGCAAGAGAAUGGGGGCCACGCCUCGACAGGCGCAGGGGGCGCGGCUGCCGGGGCCCUGGGGGGAUCGAAUUUCGGCGGAGGGGCCGGUGGCGGCGGCAAGGGGGGCGCAAAGACCGGCGCAGGAGGCCGUGGGGGGUCGCGGGGCGGCGCAGGGGGAGGAGGCAGUGCCGGCGCGGGUCAGCAGAGCCUCGCCGGCUCAGGCUCGGCCGCCGCGUGCGGCGAACUCUGCGGCAGCGGAGGAGGCAUGGGGGGCGAGAGCGAGCGAUUCCGCGGAGGAGCCGGGGGCGGGGCGGCAAGAUCUGCCGAAGCGACACGGCACCUUUUGAACUUUUUCGUUGAAGACCUCCGCGACCCGUUUCUCGUAACGGGUGUGGGAUUUCGGGAGCUCAUUCACUUUCUCGAUCCGCAGUAUCGUCUUCCGGAUGUCUCCGCGUGCGUGGGUCUCAUUCAGGAGGAAUACGCGACCCUGAAGCACGCGCUCCGGAGGGAAAUCUCGGCGGCGCUCGGCCGGCCGCGGCCCCAGGGUGUGUCCCAUCCCGCCACCUCAGCAGGCAGCGCGGGCAAGGGCGGCCCGGGGGCGUUCUGCCGGGCGGGCGGAGGCGGAUCUCUGCCUGCGUUCCCGAGUUGCGCUGAGCCACCGUGUGGGGCGGCGACAGCAGGUUCUGUGGCGCUCUCUCUGGAUCUGUGGAGGAGGCGCGGAAGGCAGGUCGGCUUGUUUGUGACGGUGUCAGCGCACUACCGCUCCGCAGUGGCGGGCGGCGUGGGCGGCAAGGGUGAUCAGGACCUGCUCACGCGCGUGUUGGCGACCCGCGAGCUCGACUUGAGCGCCUCGCCGGAGGCGCUUCUGCACCACUUGCGCGGCCUCCAAAACGAGUGGGGCCUGUUCAAGCCGCCGUGCUACGUAGUCGCGUUUUUUGCCGGCUCGCCCGCGCUCCGGAGCGCCGUCGAGAGGCUCGGGUGGCGCCCAGUGGACUGCUUCCUCACGACGCUGAAUCUCUGCGUCUGUCGGGAUGCGGUGGGCGCGGUUCCGGAAGUCGUGGAGAUUGUCGCAAAGUGUCGCGCAACUGUGGAGCGGUGGUGUCUGCGCCUCGACGCCGGUGGCAGCGGGCUGGGCUCGACGGGGGGCGCUGCUGCAGGACUCGCGAAUGCUGCGGGCGCGGGCGGCAGCUCAGCAGCUGGCGUCGACUCUCCUCAGUUCGAACUCGGCGCCAGCGGCGGCCAGGCUGGGGGGGGGCCGGGGCGCCGGCGGCGGCGGGCUCCGCGAAUCCCGUCAUCUUGCGCGCGAGUUCGCCGCUGGGCGCAGCCGCGCGCAGCGCAGAGGGGGCGGGGACAGGUCACCAUCAGGGGGUCUCACUGUUUCCGUGGUCUGCCGCAGGAGUCAGCGGCGAUCCUGCGGAGUGGCUGGAGCUCGCCAGGCAAGCGGCGGAAGAAGUGGCGGCGUGCGAAGCGCUCUUCGAUUGGCGCUGCAGAAGGGACGGCCGCGGGGGCGGCAGAGGACGCCUCGAGGGCGCUCAAGGGUCGGCGGCGGCGCUUGCAGGCGAGGACGCCGAUGCCCCCGAAGGGAGAGCGGCAGGCGGGGUCGCCUCGGCUGCGGAGCCCGACGGGGGAGCGGUUGCGGUCGGAGAUCUCUGUGCGUCGGUCGGUUGGAGGCACGUGCUGA